AAUUAUUAGAUGAAAAAAAUAUGGGUACUUUUACACAGGCAACUAUCAAGGCUACUACUCGAUGCAGGAAACUCAAUAGGACCCCAGAAACGCCUCCUUCGUUUUGUGCUAGACUUUUGGGACACUGGCGAGAAGUCUCGUUUUCAUUUGCUGAUCGCUACGGAUAUUUACUUACAGAAUGGAUAAAACUGUCAGUCUACCACAACAACCCAACAAAACCACCACGGUAACCUUGGUGGAGACCAGCAGUAACCCGAGUGGAAUGGCACUGGUGAGUCCCUACCAGACUAACCGGGUUGGGGAUCCUAUGGAUCUAGUUGCUCUGGCACAGCAAGUACAGACGGGAGAUGAAUUCAUCAGAGCCAAUGCUUGCAACAAACUUACAUUGAUUGCUGACCAGAUAAGAUACCUUCAGGAGCAAGCAAGAAAGGUUUUAGAAGAUGCCAAGAAAGAUGCUGAGCUUCACCAUGCUGCCUGCAAUGUUGUGAAGAAACCAGGAAACAUGUAUUAUCUUUACAUGCGUGAAUCCAGACAGCGGUACUUCUCGAUUCUGUCUCCACAGGAAUGGGGUCCUAGUUGUCCUCACAAGUUCCUUGGCGGAUACAAACUCCAACAUGAUAUGUCUUGGACACCACAAGAGGAAGUUGAAAAGCGGGAUGCUGAAAUUGGCAUCAUGGACAAACUGUUGAACAGACAAACUGCUCUACCAGCCUGUACAGAGCCCAACUUUGAAGGUCUUUCACAGUGAAAGGUCACCGCUCACUCACAGACUGUCUUAUCUGCUCAUGGAGGCCACAUUGUCUUAAAAGCUCCUAAUAUAUAUAUUUAAUACAAAGAGGAAAUUGAAUUAAAAUCGGUUUUGCAGACUGUAAACUUUCCUUUGUCACUUCUACUGGACCUGUAAAUGUAUCAUUCAAUCAUGCAUUUAAUGUGUUCUUAUGGUCAGAUUUUCUGUUACAUUUACAUUUAUUUUAAAUGUUGUGGUCUAAUUUAUCUUAAUUUCAGGGCUACUGAUAUUUUUGGGCAUUUCGUUUACAUUAAAUCAGUUAUUCAGUGCCUCAGUUGAUAAUUUAUUUUUAUUUUUUUUUUUUUAAAUAAA